GCGCUGUGCCCAGCGAGAAAAAGUGUUGAAGCUAGAUACUUAAACUCCGUCGACUAUGAGGGCGCCUAGACCGCCCAACAGCAAAACAAUGUAUAGCACAGGAAUGGGAAAUGUAACAAAUGAUUUUGAAGGUGAAACAGAAAACGUGAUAUUACUAGAUUACCAGUUAAUAUAUUAUGGAUGUCCUGUCAACGAUUUUCUUUACUUUAUCUACAGCUGCACGGAUCGAAACUUUCGGUCCCAACACCUGGAGCACAUAAAGGACCUUUACCAUAAUACUCUAAGCAGAUUUUUGCAAUAUUUUAACAUAGAUGUAGAAGACGUUUACCCUAGGAAGGAGUUUGAAAGGGUUCUAGAUUACAAAAAGGAUUUUCCAAUGAUAUUAGCCUUGUAUCUGUAUCCUAUCUUGUUUGUUCCCGAAUCCGUUGCGCCUGAUGUAGGCGAAAAUGAUGUUUCUGCUAUUGAUUACGAUAUUGAUCCUAGAGGCCGAGAGAGGUUUUUAGAGAUUGCGGAAGAGUUUUGGAGCUAAGAAAUCUGAUUUCUUUAAAAAACUUGCAAAUAUUUGUAAUAUGUAAACUAGACCACUGUCUCACCAAGGGUUGCCAAGGUUUAUGACUUCAGACGAUAGAUAUUGACUAAACAUAAUAUUGUUGGUAGUUUUAAUUUGAUUUCUUUUUUAUAAUAUUAAGUGACGGGUCGUACGCCUGAUGGUAAGCUACACACCUGUCCAUAACAUGUGCCUG